GUUGGAGACCCCAGAUCUAAGCAUUCAACUACUAAAUGCAAAUUGAGCCUUGUAUAUAAAGAGUUACUGAAAUAUUAUAUGCAAAACCUACUUCCACCCAUGACUUAACCUCACCCACCCACAUGAUGCAUGGAAAUGUGAUUCAACUGUUCUUGAGUGAUAGCUGUCCAAACACAGGUCUGUCAGGCUUUGAGACAUUUAAAUCCUUUGUGGUCCUCGGAGAAUAAAUCUCCUCAGUUAAAUGUCUGUAUUAGAUACAGCAGCCAGGCAGCCCAACCAACAUGAAGACCCUGCUAUUGUUGCAUCUUCUGCAUUUAACUUUGACAUUGCUUCUUUAAAUGCCAGACCACAGAGAACAUGGGCAUUUCUUGUGUCUCAGGAAGUUAUGUAAAAGGCGUUACAUUAAGCUGCUUGAAGGAGUUUAAAUGAUGCAGGAAGAGCUAUGUAUGUUUAAGAACUGUGCUCCUCCUCCUCGUUUUCAGAGGCACACAUGUGAGUUGAAUAAGGUCCAGAGUCUCUCAGGACAGGCAUGAAUUUGCAGCAUUCAUCAUUUAUGAAUUAUGAAUACCAUCGGCUAAAUUUAGUGCUGUGUAUGCAGCCUCAAUAUCUCUGGGGCUGUUUCAGUUGGGAUGCCCGGGAUGGAUCCGUUACCCCAACGCGCGGUUAAUCUCACAUGUGUAGUUGGCAAGCACAUCCUGUCAGCUGGUCCUGUGGAUCCAUAAGCUUGAUUUGUUUGAGGGAAAUGGGAAAACACCAGUAGCUCCUCCUCUCACGCCCCACCCGCACUGCUUGCCCUGUUUCUGGACAGGCAGUGACCUGUGAAAGGGGUCUUAGUGACGUCUUAUGCAGUGCAGGGAGGGGAACAUCUUGGAAGACCCAUGACAUGAAUGAUGGGUUCCUCUACAUCUGGGUCCCCUCCUUCAACCCCAUAGGACUGGACCAUGCCUCCGUCCCACAGCACAACCCCUCAGCAAGCCAGUAUCCCUUGCCGUAGAGAGACUUGUGCAAGAAACAUCCAGCGCUGCAAGACUGAGCCACAGCUUCCUGUAACUGCAAGCCGAUAUUGGUGGUGGAACAUUUAAUGCAAAACUCCCCCACACCCCUCCUCCCUGCCUCCAAGCUCCUCCUACUCCAUCUUCAUGGCGAUGAGCAGUGAUCCUGGUUGCAUGGGGGCGGACCCUGACCCAGACUUCUCCCAGACCAAUGAGAUGACUGACAAGAUGUCUGCAGUGUCGCUAAGAUCCAAUACCUCUUCCAGUUUAGUGAAGAAUGGGACAGGUGUUAAGAAAGCUCCGCCCAAGAGGCCAAACCUGUCAGGCAGGAAGAUGUCAUUGCAGGAGAGAGGAACGUACGUGUCUUCUGGGAGCGGGGCUGACCGCUAUUCCCGUAUAGCCAGACAGCCAACCAUCGAGUCCAAACGAGUGUCCAUCUCCGACUCGCAGGAUUGCACCCAGCUUAACCAGUACAAGUUAAAGAGUGAGAUUGGGAAGGGCUCAUAUGGUGUUGUCAAGUUGGCAUACAACGAGGAUGAUGACAAAUAUUACGCAAUGAAAUUGGUGUCUAAGAAGAAGCUGAUGAAACAGUAUGGUUUUCCCCGCCGCCCUCCUCCCCGAGGUCCUAAAGCAGCCCAGGGGGAGCAGCCCAAGGUGCUUGGUCCUCUGGAGAGAGUUUACCAAGAGAUAGCCAUCCUGAAAAAACUGGACCACCUCAACAUAGUUAAACUGGUGGAGGUGCUGGAUGAUCCGGCAGAGGAUAACCUUCACAUGGUGUUUGAGUUGAUGCCAAAGGGCCCUGUGAUGGAGGUCCCCAGCGACAGUCCGUUCAGUGAGGACCAGGCCCGCCACUACUUCAGAGACAUUGUUCUGGGCAUCGAGUACUUGCACUAUCAGAAGAUCGUUCACAGAGAUAUCAAACCAUCAAAUUUAUUACUUGGAGACGACGGCCAUGUCAAGAUCGCAGAUUUUGGGGUCAGUAACCAGUUUGAGGGUAAUGAUGCCUUGCUCUCCAGCACUGCCGGUACUCCUGCCUUCAUGGCCCCAGAGACGCUGUCAGACAACCGCAAGAGCUUUAGUGGAAAGGCUCUGGAUGUGUGGGCUAUGGGGGUGACCCUCUACUGUUUUGUGUAUGGAAAGUGCCCGUUUAUUGAUGAGUACAUACUGGCACUUCACAGUAAGAUCAAGAGUAAGCCAGUGGAGUUCCCCGAAAUGCCAGCUGUCAGUGAGGGGCUGAAGAACCUGGUCUCACAAAUGCUGGACAAAAUCCCAGACACCAGGAUCACCAUUCCUGAGAUCAAAGUGGACCCCUGGGUGACUCAGAAUGGCACUGACCCUUUGCCUUUAGAAGAGGAGCACUGCACCGUGGUGGAGGUCACUGAAGAAGAGGUGCAGAACUCAGUGAAAUUUGUCCCAAGUCUGUCUGCUGUGAUUUUGGUCAAAGCCAUGUUACGGAAGCGUUCCUUUGGGAAUCCAUUUGAGUGUCCCAGCAGGAGAGAAGAGAGAUCCAUGUCUGCACCAGGCAGUCUGCUCAUGGACUCUUGGCCGUUCCGGCCCUCUUUUAAACUCCAGCCCUCGUUAAGAAAGGGGAGCAGUGGAGAGGCUGGUAGAGAAGUUGAGCUCGAGGACUUACAUGAGGACGAACCACCCACCUCUUGAGUUUCUUCAUAGAUCCUGAAGCGUUCUGCAUUGUCCUUCCAGCCCUUUGAGCAGAUGAUGAUCAUGACCCAAACCGCUCCACUACACUGUUUCCACAGACUUCAGGCUUACCUUGGCACUGAACUGGAUUCUGCUGUUGCUAGUCAUCCUUCCGGCUUUUCACUUUUAUCAGUUCUUGCACAAGGAUCCCUUUUCCUGCCUAUGGUUCUCAUGAAACCUGGCCUUGAUAAUGUGGCCGAAAACUAUUCUUUCUCCUUCAACCCAUUUGGAUCUUUCCACUUUCGUCCUCUCAUCCUGGCUAAACAAGUAGAUUUUGGAUGGAAUCUACAUUAGGCCAGGUUUGUGUGAAAGACAGACUACACCGCAAGCUUUAAAACUACAGCACAGACAAUAGAUGCUAUUAACUUGGUGUGGCGCCUCAUGAAGCUUAAAACACAUUGAUGCAGUGUGCUGCCAUCAUAAAAUCUGUACAUGUAUUGAAAAUAAUAGCAAUGGCAUCUUGCCUUUUUGCAUAUGGUAAUGUGCAAUUCUUAACCCUAUCCAUCAUAGCAUGCAGAAAUAUGCCUUUUUCCAUAAUGGUUAUAUAUAUCUCAUGUUUUUCAUUUUUGUAUACCAUCAGAUUUUUUUUGUUAAUUUAGAUACAAUAUUUAAACACACACAUACAGUGUUGUACUGUGAAUCAAAGGGGCUUAUGUAACUAAAAUACACUAAACGAGGCUCUUGUCUGCACAUAGUCAGUAAAUUCUUGAAAACAGGGCUUUCUCAUGAAAAAUACAGCGUGUUUGAGUGCUCGGUGUAACCAUUAUCUAGAAUAGGGCUUAUUUUCCAUGUUUGUGAAUUUUGCAAAUCCAGCGUUCGGAUUGCAGCAGAUACAGGGCUCUUGUGUCGCAGCGCUUUGUCUCUCUGCAGGGACAAAAUGUGUCAUUGUUUACCAAGUCUUCAGACUCCAAAAUGCCUGUUUGUCAUCAGCAGUGCUAACUCUAACCCUCGAACACACAUGCAAACAUGCCGCCGAGGCAAGCAAGUGUGCGCUUAUCACUUUCACUCAAAACAGACAAGCCAAUUGAGGGAAGGAUCGAAAGUGAACUGCCAUUCAAUAUCAUCGCGGUUCCUCUCGGCCUGAAUUAAUUAACUCUGUCCAAAACAAUACAGCCUUGUUUAUGUUGUAUUGUCUGUCAGGCGAACCCAUCAUCCCCAGUUUUUGAAUCACAUUUUCUGUGUGGACGGACGUUGUUAAAUGCACAGUGGCGAUUGAGAUAUUUGAUUACCAGCACAGAGAACUCAUGUUAAUUAGAUUUUUAUUGUUGUGAAACUCUCACUGAGCGUGUCACAGUUUUAAAAAGACAGUUGACCCAAAAGUGAAAUACGGUUGUCAUUUUCUCAAGGUCAGUUCACAUCAACACAAAUGUUUGGCACAAAAAUGUGUUCCGCAUUUUAUAUGUAGUUUUUUUGUUCAGACCAUUGCUUAAAAAUGCUGCCCAUGGCUGAAUGAAAAUUACAAAAUUGAAUCUGUUAAAUAGGUGAUGCUGUUAAAAAGCAGAAAUAUCCCAGUUAUUUUGGUAUUAUAAGUACUGUGCAGUUUUUCAUUACUGACUCUAAUGAAAAACAUAAUUUGUUUGUGAGCACAAUCAAAUAUUUUUUUAUGUAACAGCAGAAGCUAUUGAUAUGAUCAAAAGUAGAAAUCUUAUUGGUUGCCCAGUCUUCUAUGCAGUGCAAUGAAAGAGAGAUUACAACAUCUCUUCAUAAAAAAAAAAAGGUUCCACUGUCGCCAUACAGAUGUUUGUGUCAGUCUAAAGAGGUGCAUCGAUAGCCGUUCAUUCAAAUUCAUCUUUAUCAUACCACAUAUUAUUCUUGGUGAGAACAGGCCUUCACCCUCGUAUCAUUUCAAACGGUAUGAUAUCUAGAAGAAUGUCCAAGCUGCUUAUUUCAUAUGUAAUGAAAUUGGAUGGGUCACCGUUCCCCUUUGAUACGGAAAAGUGCAGCUUUGACUAUUUCAGGGUGAACUGCCUCUUUAAUUCAUUUUACAAGAAUAAAACUGGACUCAAUCAGGUCAGCUGCCAAUUAUUUCCAGUAAACUGAUUAUGUAAGCAGUGAAUGCUUAGAGGAAACCUUCAACCGAUCUCACUCGUUCAGAGGACUCAUUAUCGCUUAUAUGAAGACAUAUUGAUAAACCACAGUGAACCACUUUCAUUAUAUUCUCACUAAUAUCCUGAGCUGAUGGUGGUCCAUUUUUCUGACUCCUACACAAUCUUCCCUUCUUCACUGUCUUCCCCAUCUCUCUUUCUCUCGACGAACCUCUUUUAUACACAUACUCUUUUUAGAUAGCAUCAUGCCCAUACCAUUUUCUCUUUAAACUGGAUUACGCAGGAAAACCAUUUUCAGUGCCAAACAACUAGUGUUUUUUUGGUUUGUUUGUUUUUCUCUCUCUUUCUCUCAUUCUGUCUGUAUGGAGUAAUUGAUUCAGGCAUUAAAUGGAGUCUCGUUUCUGUUGUGUAUUCUGUAUGUGGUACUCAGGGUCUGGACACUGCUGUUCUGAGAAUACAGAGAGAAUGGAGGAGCAUAUUCUGUGUUCAGGAGCUCUAAGGUGUAUUUAUAAAUUCACCAAAUGGUUUUAAAUGAUCUCCAUUCUUCUCUUAUGUAUGUGGGUGUGUAAUCACAUUUGUCCAUUCUGUCUGAAAUGUACAGUAGUCUCGUCAGUUAUUUCUUGAUGUAUGCUAUGCACAUGUUAGUGUCUUGACGAAUGGCAUGUCUCUUAACUUGCUAUAACCUUUUACAAACUUCUCCCUGGGUUUGCUAUUCCUUUGGAUAUCUAUGUAAGACAAAACAUAUCAUGUCUAAAACCCCUUUAAAUUGUUUCCUGCAGGACUUUUGUAUAAGCUAUACAUAUGCAGCAGCCAGUAUGCCAUACCUCAGUUUGAGCAGUCUUUUCUUUUCUGGGUUCGGCUCAUGUGCAAUAGAUGAGGUUUGAUCAUUAGCCUACUCACAUUUACAGAAGUUUCCCUUAUUUGGGUCUCUGAAGAAGGGAAGAAAAAAAAGCUAUGGCUAUUUUUAGGCACUUUGCAGCUGCAAAACGUUCUUGCUUUAUGCUUUUUUAAUUUCCCUUUAUUGAUUUAAAAGUAAAUCAUAAAUGAUACAUGUAUAUACAUCGUAGAACACUGUCUCAGAACUGCCCAGUUAUUUGUGUCAGAGUGCCUGAUAUUGCUGGUUAUUAAUAGACAUUUGUAUUCUGCUGCAUUGAUCUGAAUGUAACUGUUUAAAAAAAAAAACUCUAAGAAAAUAGACAAAAAAAAAGAGCAUG